UCCGCCCACCCCUGCUUUUUCUAUCGUCCUUCCUCCCUACUCUCUUACAUCGCUUCCAAACCAACCAAACCCUAAAAAUCUCCAUCGGGCUCCAGAUUCUCUCUUCUAAAACCUAUAAAAGACACCUAUUUUCAAAAUUUUGCCGCUCUCAUCCAUUUUCUCAUUCGAUUUCAACCGAAAUUUCAUAGAUAUCUGGUUCGGAUUCUUCUCAAAUCCCUAGAUUUUGAAGAGAAACAUUUGAUUUCGCACUUCAGAGAAAGGAGAAUCGCCUGAUCCUCUUUCACGGUCGGCUUUCUCUUCGUUUCUGACAAAAAUUUAUGAGAUUCUUAGUUCAGAUCACUUGAAAAAUCAAGAUUCCAAGCAAUCUAGUCUGAUUUUUUUUUUCUUCUAUAAAUCAGUUAUUCGUUUCGCUUGGAUAUCGUAGUUUCGAAUAAUCCUCGCCUAUAAAACUCUAACACUGACGGAAUAAGCUAAUCUAAACGGGUGGGAGAAGAGAACGAUAAUAGAUAAUCCUCGAUAUCUGUCUUCUUCGGUUUCUCAGUUUUGGAUAAAACCGGAACAUUAUUAUCUGGGCGUAGGGUCGAAAUCCUAUAAGCGGGAGAAAUCGGUAGGCGAAUUAUUUUCUCGUGUUCUCACCGGGGUUUGAUUAAGGGCAGGAGGUAUCUGAAUUAGAAGGUAUCAUGGCUGAUCAAGUCUUGGAAGGGAGCCAACCGGUGGAUCUUUCCAAGCAUCCCUCUGGCAUUGUUCCUACGCUGCAGAACAUUGUGUCAACUGUCAACUUGGAUUGCAAGCUGGAUCUUAAGGCCAUUGCACUUCAAGCUCGAAAUGCAGAGUAUAAUCCAAAGCGUUUUGCUGCUGUUAUAAUGAGAAUCAGAGAACCUAAGACUACAGCAUUGAUCUUUGCAUCUGGAAAGAUGGUUUGUACUGGAGCCAAGAGUGAACAACAGUCAAAACUGGCUGCAAGGAAGUAUGCUCGAAUUAUUCAGAAGCUUGGUUUUCCUGCUAAGUUUAAGGACUUCAAGAUUCAGAACAUAGUUGGUUCUUGUGAUGUGAAAUUUCCUAUCAGGCUUGAAGGUCUUGCAUAUUCCCACGGUGCCUUUUCAAGUUAUGAACCAGAAUUAUUCCCAGGUCUGAUCUAUCGGAUGAAGCAACCAAAGAUUGUCCUCCUCAUCUUUGUGUCUGGGAAAAUUGUUUUGACGGGAGCUAAGGUGAGGGAUGAAACGUACACAGCUUUUGAGAACAUUUACCCAGUCCUUACAGAGUUCAGGAAAAGCCAGCAAUAGUAUAUGUUCUCUGGGAAGAACAUGUUGGUCUCAUGGUCUGUGUUUGAGACGGCGCAUUCAAUUGUAAAUAAUAGGGUGACAAGCGACUAGGGCAGCGGCUUUGGAUGGUCUCAUAAAUUCAUAAUUUAAAGAGUCUUGGAGGGUUUUCCUUGUUUCAUGUCUUCUAUCCUUAUCCCACCUCUCGAGCUUGGGUUCACUUGCGAAACCUAUUGGCUGUCGUUGGGAGACCCAAAUCAAAUGUAUGCAUUCACGUCUUUGCUUUUUCUUUGUGGGUGAAAGAGAAGCACAUGCUCGGAGACAGGAAAACAGAGUUUUGUUCUUAAAUGUAAACUCAAAUCGUUUAAUAAGAAAUUAGUUGCUGUACUUCGACAUGCCUCCCAUUGCCUAAAUUUUGGGCGCUGUGUAAUAGAAUCAAUUUCACUCCUAAAUUUCUAAUUCCCUUGUAUGCUGUGUUGAUCA